UGAUAACCCGAUUGUCGUUUGCAAUUUGGGUGGUAUUAGAGAGGCUCCCAACGAAACAAAAGACUGUGAAGCUGAUCAACUACAUGUACGAAGGUCCACUGUCUUGAAUGCAACAUGUCAAACAGUGAUGGUCAGUGUGUUGAACGUGAGGUCUCAGCAAAACAUUGUGAAAACAACCCAGAUCAUUCUUGUGAAAAACCUUUCCAAUGUGGGAUGUGCUUAAAGUGUUUCUCUUACAAGUCUUACAUUAAGCAGCAUAUGAGGAUCCACAAUGGUCAACGACCAUAUGAGUGUGAGGUUUGUAGAAAGUGUUUUCUUUGGAAUACUUCCUUGAGACAGCAUAUGUUGAUUCACACUGGAGUGAAGAAUUUCAAAUGUCAGGUGUGUGCAAAACGUUUCUCGUAUUCUUCCAUCUUGAACGCCCAUAUGUUGAUUCACACGGGAGUGAAGAAUUUCCCUAAGCGUUCCAGCUUGAAAACUCAUAUGUUGUUUCACAGUGCCGUUAAACCUUUUAAAUGCAAGGUCUGUGCAAAAUGUUUCUCUCGGAGUUCCCACGUGAAAAGACAUAUGCUCAGUCACACUGGAGUUAGACCUUUCAAAUGUGACUUCUGUUCAAAAUGUUUCUUUUGCAGUUCUGGUUUGAAACAGCAUAUGUUGAUUCACACUGAUGUUAAGCAUUUUAAUUGUGAAGUUUGUGCAAAAUGCUUCAGAAAACCUUCCAACUUGAAAAGUCAUAUGGUCAUUCACACUAGAGUUAGGCCUUUCAAAUGUGAGGUGUGUGCAAAAUGUUUUCCACUAAAACCUCACUUAAAACGGCAUAUGUUCAUUCACACUGGGGUUAAGUCUUUUAAGUGUGAGGUGUGUGGAAAAUGUUUUUCACUAAAACCUCACUUAAAACAGCAUAUGUUCAUUCACACUGGGGUUAAAUCUUUUAAGUGUGAGGUGUGUGCAAAACGUUUUUCGUUGAGUCACAACUUGAAACAACAUAUGCUAGUUCACACUGGGGUUACACCUUUUAGUUGUGAUGUGUGUGCAAAACGUUUUACUAAGAUGAACUACUUGAAAAGUCAUGUUUUAAUUCACACUGAUGUCAAGUCUUUUAAAUGCGAGGUUUGUGCAAAAUGUUUCAAACGAAGCUGUAACUUGAAAGUACACAUGCUAGUUCACAGUGGUGUUAAACCUUUUAGUUGUGAGGUUUGUGCAAAAUGUUUCUCAUCGAAGUCAUACUUGAACAAGCAUAUGUUGGUUCAUUCUGGUGUUAAGCCUUUCACAUGUGAGGUGUGUGCAAAAUCUUUCUCACAAAAUUCUCAUUUCAAAAGACAUAUGUUGAUUCACACUGGUGUUACGCCGUUUAAGUGUGAGGUGUGUGCAAAAAUGUUUUCUUUGAGCUGCAACUUGAAAGAACAUAUGCUAGUUCACACUGGGAUGACGCUUUUUAGUUGUGAUGUGUGUACAAAAUGUUUCACUAAGAAAAAACAAUUGAAAAAGCAUCUUUUAAUUCACACUGAUGUCAAGUCUUUUAAAUGCGAAGUGUGUGCAAAAUGUUUCUCAUCGAAGUCAUACUUGAACAAGCAUACGUUCGUUCAUUCUGGUGUUAAGCCUUUCACAUGUGAGGUGUGUGCAAAAUGUUUCUCAUUGAAGUCAUACUUGAACAAGCAUAUGUUGGUUCAUAAUCAUCUUAAGCCUUUCACAUGUGAGGUGUGUCCAAAAUGUUUCUCAUGGAAUUGGCAAUUGAAAUGGCAUAUGUUGAUUCACACUGACGUGCAGAAAAUCGACGGGGAGUAGUUAAUAUCUUCCCGAACUUAGAUUAUAGUCAUUCACACUAGUAAAGGAGCAUUAUUGCAAGAAAGAAGCAUUCUUUGUCAGAAAGAUUCCUAUUCGAGGUUCUUAUAUCAGUAUAGACAUUUCAAAAUAGAACAACUGCAUCACCAAAAUUCUGUUUAAAAAAAACAAAUAUACCCCCCCUCCCCCUCCAAAAAAAAACCCACAC